UCUAGUACUGGUUCAUUGUACUCGGUUCACGCCGGUCGAAGAUGGCGUCUGUGGAGGGUAGAUGGGGACUUUAGUCUGCCGUAAAGCUUUAGGGAUUCUUUAUUAGGAAACAACCCAGUAAUUCCAAGUAAUCUUUUUAAAAGUAAUUUUCAGUCCCCAGUUGUUGGUAUUUUUUAUUAUUAUGGUGUGGUGUGUUGAAAAAUGGGCGAGAAGCUGGAAUUGAGACUGAAAUCCCCUGCUGGAGCCGAACCUGCUAUUUACCCCUGGCCUUUGCUUGUCUAUGAUAAACACCACGAUGCUGCUCACGAAAUUAUUGAAACUAUUCGGUGGGUCUGUGAAGAAAUCCCUGAUCUUAAACUCGCUAUGGAAAAUUACGUCCUAAUUGACUAUGAUACAAAAUGGAUUUACUCACGAUUGGCUUUUCUUAAUCACUUGGGCUUUGCCCUCACGGUCAAACCACACCAACUGUUGAUCAAACUUGAUAUACCCACGCAUAGUCGUGGAUUAGUUAAUAUGGACAUAACUGAACUGUUUAAAUUUCUUCUACUUGCAUUAAAAUGUCUCCAGUACUAUAUUUAUGAAAACUUUGUAGAUGGAACGAAGGCGAGAAUUCUAAGUAAAGUUAAAAUGUGGUACAGUAAAAUGGCAUAUAGUAAAGGCAUACUAAGAGUAACCAUGGUGAAGUUCUGUUCCAAAGUGAGAGAAGGGAAGUGGGGAACACCCAGGGUGGGUCAAGUUGUGCUCCAGGUUGCAGCAACUACCUCCUGUAAACAUCACUUUGGUGUUGAGAAGGCAGAAAUUCCAGCAAAGUAUGCUGAGACUAUGGACAAGGAGUUCAGAAAGUGGAUGAAAUGGUAUGGGAAGAAGCAUGCGGAGUAUUCACUGGAAAAAGGUGACUUUUUAUCAGAGGAGUGGAAAGAGCGAAUUGCAAAUACAAGCGUUAUUUUUGUCAACAAUUUUGCCUUUGGUCCAGAGGUGGACCACCAGCUAAAGGAACGAUUUGCGAAUAUGAAGGAAGGUGGUAGAAUUGUAUCCUCCAAGCCUUUUGCACCUUUAAAUUUCAGAAUAAAUAGUAGAAACUUGAGUGAUAUUGGCACUAUAAUGAAAGUUGUAGAAUUAACACCACUGAAAGGUUCUGUCUCGUGGACCGGUAAACCAGUAUCUUACUACUUACAUACUAUAGACCGUACAAUACUUGAAAACUAUUUUGCUAGUCUCAAAAAUCCAAAACUCAGGGAGGAUCAAGAGGCAGGAAAACGUAGGCAGCAAAAGGAAAAUAAAGAAAACAAAAGCAACACAUCUACUCCAACAAAAGUCCAUGAAAAUAAGGAUUCUGGUGCUGAAGAAGAGAAACCUGGAACUGUUGCUGUUAAGAGGCCUUCCCCUCCCAAGCCCCGAAAGAACAGAUUAGCUAAAAAAGGGCGGAAAAUGGCAGGCAGGAAACGUGGUCGUCCCAAAAAACCAAGUAGUGCAAACACAGAACGAAAAGCCAAGAAAAGUCAAACUGCACUGGAGCAGCUCCAAGCUCAACCUGCAUCACAGACGCCAUCCUCUUCCUCUCAGGAUGCAUACAAAUCGCCUAAUAGUCCAUAUUGUCAGCUACCUCCAAAAGUGCAACGCUAUUCUUCUAACCAGCUGUUAACAUCUCCCACCCCUCCUGCACUGCAGAAGUUGUUGGAUUCAUUUAAGGUCCAGUACCUACAGUUUAUGGCAUACAUGAAGACACCACAGUACAAGACAAAUUUGCAGCAGUUAUUGGAGCAAGAAAAGCAAAAGAAUGUUCUACUAACAGGAACUGCGCAACAGCUGUCCGUACACUGUCAAGCUCAGAAGGUAGAAAUCAAACGACUGUUUCAGAAGAAACUAGAUGAGCUAGGAGUCAAAGCCUUAACCUACAAUGACCUGGUGCAAGCAAAAAAGGAGAUAUCAGCCCACAACCAGCAGCUAAAAGAGCAGACCAAGCAUCUAGAGAAGGACACUGGAGAACUCAGGAACCAAAGCAUACAUUUACUUAAAGCACGAUGUGAAGAACUAAAGCUGGAUUGGCCAACAUUGUCACUGGAUAACCUGCGUAAAGAGAAACAAGCUUUGAAAAGUAAGAUCUCUGAGAAACAACGACACUGUCUAGAGCUACAGAUUAGUAUUGUGGAACUCGAGAAAAGUCAACGGCAGCAGGAACUGAUGCAGCUGAAAUCUUACACCUCCUCUGAAGAUGUAUUGCCAGGAAAGAUACGCAGUAAGAUUUCUCUAAGUCAAGAGAUGGAAGCUGAGGGAAACCGAUUCCAGUAUGAGCUUGAAGGAUCCAAGUUCCCAUUGCCUACGAUGAAUGGGGUAAUUACUGAGCAUUCAGUCAAUGGUCAUGCUACCCCAUUCGAAAUUCAAAGUGUACUCAACAGGCCUCUUCCAAAACCUUCAGCCCCCCACUAUGGUACCUCCUGUUUAGACCAAGAAGUACAUCCUACAAUACCGCCCAUUAAUGGCAGGUUAAAAGACAAGAUGCCUAGCCAUUCACUGCCUGACUACACCAGGUUUUCACCAGCAAAAAUUGCACUAAGGCGACACUUAAACCAGGAUCAUACAGGGACCAGUAAAGCAUCAGCCGAAAUGCAGCACAGAAAUGAAAAUGGGAAAGAAAGCAGCUUGUUAUAUUCUAGUCCUAGCAUUUUAAAUGGAGUUAAACAAGGGCCUUUGGAGACACCGCCUUCAUCACCUGUGACCCAUCAAGCUGCCAUGGAGAAAAGCAGUGAAAAGGUAUUAAAAGAAAAAAAUCCAUCUGUUAAUGGGGAGACCAUCAGAAGUCUGCCUAUCAGUAUUCCACUAAGCACAGUGCAACCCAAUAAACUUCCGGUCAGCAUUCCACUGGCCAGUGUUGUGCUGCCCAACCGGGCUGAGAAAGUGACUGGUGGGGGAACUGAAACAUAUCAACCCCACUUCAUGUUGUCCAUGAAGAAACUGUACGAGGAAGUAAAAACUAGAAACACACCAAGUCCGGUUAACCAAAGCCGUGACUCUUCGAUGCUUGAAAAACAAUUUGGUGCUAAUCUGAAUAGUAAUACAAACUAUGCUGCUGGAAAUAAGCCACAUUCUUCAACUACCUCAGACAUUGAACUUUCUCUUGGCUCCCAACUCUCUGGGAACGGGCAAAAGGCUAGCAAUGACUCUAAUAUUGUUCAGUUACUUGCUAAGUUGUCAGAACAGGUAUCUGAACUAACUAAACGAGUUGAUAAACUGCAACCUGUGUUGAGUGGUGGACAGGACAACAAAGGCGAUUUUCCAACAUUUAAUGUUUCAUUGAAGAGAUUUGAAAAUCUCCUGUUCAAGGUACGAAAUUUGCAAUGUGACAGUUUAUUUCUUGAGGAGAGCCUCAAAAAUAAGCACGUACCUAAAGGUUUAAGACUUUUCAAAUUUCCUAAUGGCAUGCAAGCCAAGGACUGUAAUAUGGAUGAACAUUUUGGUUUAUUUGACCAUUUUGGUUUUGAUUUAAUGAAGUUUAUUACUGAAACUAAUAACCGUAUUAAAGUAUUGUUUGAACAGUUGGAAGUGUUGAACAUCAAGUUAACUGAAGAUGCUUUAUUUGAUUCUAACUGUACACAUUACCAAUGUAUUCUUGAUAAAGUUGAUUUAAAUGUCAAAACUAAUGUCGAGCGUAAGAAGAAAAAGUUAAGAGAUAAUGCUGAUUAUAAUAAAAAGCAAGUGUACCCCAUGCCUAGUUAUUUUUCAGGGUUAGAGAAAAUUACAGAUGGGCAUUUGACUACUAGUAAUACUGUUUUUUCCAGUGAGGAGGGUCCAUGUAAUGAAGGAAGGUCGUUCCCCUCUACACAGGAAGAAUAUGAUGUACAAUACCCACCCCUUGGAAGGUCAGAGCGCAUUGAAAAUAGGAAAAAACAAAAACCUUUUUCAGACCAACAGUGUUCCCCAAGGAUUGAAAGGAAAAUUGCAACAAUAUCACUUGAAAGCAAAGAAAGUCCAUUGAAGGCAGCUGAGAAUGAGAAAGGGGCUGGUGGUUUGUGUGUUCGGAAGCAAGGGCAGAGUAAUGAUAAUGCAAACAGCAGCAAAUGGAAAUCUACUUUCUCACCAAUAUCAGAUUUAAACUUGGCCAAAACAUCUGACAGCCCAUCUCAGUCUGCAUUGCCACUCAGCCAGAAUUCACUUUUUGCCUUCCGCUCACCUUCAGAAGAAAAUGUAACUAACGAAACCAAGAUGACUCUACAUCCUAGGAAAAACACUUUUGUGUCCUCUGUAACUGAGGGGCUUAGUCCUAGUAUGGCCUCAACUGUUACAUUUUCUUACAAUGGUGGGCCUUCUGUAGAUACCAGUUUACAUAAUAUCAAUGAAGGUGCUUUUUCAAAUAAAUCUGUGGAAACAAUAAGCUUAAACUCUGGCAUGAGCUACCAGGCCUUAAGGAACAAAGAUUGUAAUGGUUGUGAGAUCAACCCCUUUCUGACUAAAAGGCCAUCAGAGAGAGAGGGGCUGGUAAAAGCUGGGGCAAAGUCUAAAGAUAACAAUGAGCUGGGAUGCCGCAUUGGUGGAUCUUCAGAAAAGAACUUACUACAGCAUAGCGUCAAGAUAAGCAAGGCACGAGAUCAGGAAACUGAGCUGAAAAAUGGACAGAAUCUUUUCAUUUCGGCAGCAGCUAUUUCCCCAUGCGGUGUGUUAAAUGGUAAAAGCAUCUCCAGCUCUGCUUCACCAGCAGGCAGCCCGGCAUCCUGUGCACAAAUGCAACAUUCCUUCUUAAGCACUUUUUCUUCUGCAUCACAGUUUCCUCUUGGUCAAAUACCUGUCCAGGGAAAUCUGAGCUCAGUGACAGGGUCAUCAGUAUUGCAGUCCUUGUUCAGCUCCACACUUGCCACUACCAACUUGGUCCAUGUUACAGCUUCUGGAACCAGACUGACCCAUUCUAAUAAUGUAGGAGGCUUUCCCACUUCUGGACUUGCAGGUGGAUCAGCUGGAGGUGUUUUUAACCAUGUGAUGCCUUCUGCUUCUUCUCAUCAGUUUGGAACCCGUUUCAGCAGUGCUGCUGUCUCUAGUAGUGAAAUGCUAAGCUUGAACCCACUGCAGGCUGCCCCUGUCACCUCUCCUCCUUUCCAGCCCCCCUGUUCCAGUUCAGUAACCUCUAGUGGGAGCAGGACUAUUCCACAACUAACCAGAGCACCAACCCUGUCUGUCCUUCCUUCCCUGCAUCCUAACAUCUCUCUACCACCUCCUCCUCCUCUUCUGAACUGUAGCACUGCAGAGCCUCCUGUGUUGCAGAAUCCACCCUCUCUUCACACUAAUGAUGCACCCUUGCCUUCCUCUUCUGCUGCUUCUAUCCAGUCUGCAAAUGCCGCUUUGUGUGUCAAGCUAGCUUCCUUGCAGCAAAAAAUGCCACAGCCCUCCUCCACAGUACAGCAACAACCUCUGCCCAGCUCAGCACAGUCAGGUGCUGCAGGCACGACUGCCUUGUGGGCUACACUUGGCAUGCAGUCUCCUUAUGCUUCACAGCUGUCCCGGGUUAAGCCUCGGUAAAGAAGUUGGUUAGUUAAGAGUUCUUUCAGAUUUUUAAAGGUAACUAGGAAUUCUACCUCAAGAAAAAAUGGUGACCUAUGCAAGGACAACGUGGACCAACUUUGCUCAGCUUCCACUGAAAGGUGCUCGCCUAGCCUGCAAGGGUUUCUGCUAUACUACUGGACAACAAGUUAUGAAAAAAAGAGAGACACAAUAUAAUAAGAAAAAAAAUACUGUGAAUCGGAGUUCAGAAUUAUUGCAGAAAUUGUAAAUCUUGGCUCCAGUUGUAUUGUUGAUAGUUAAAAUAUUAUAUUUAUCUUUUUUUUUUUUAAGAAAAAGAACUUAACAUUGACUUAUUUUAUUCCAAUACAGUAGUAGAGGCUGAUUUACAUAUACAGCACACCAGCAUUGAUGUUUGGUAACAUGCUGUUGGUGCUAUUUGAACCAUUGGAUCUGUGCCUCAGUAGUUUUGAAACUUGGUGCUUAAUUUAUGGUAAGGGUUGACCAACACUGAAUGGCCCUGCUCUUUUGGUCCACUUGUCGGCUCUAAGGGUUUAUGUCAUCAGAAAAUGCACAUGUCAGAAGGACCAUAACCCCCUCCUCCAAAAGAAAAUGAUGGCAGUGUACCACAAAAUCUUUAAUCCAAUUUCAAAUACAUUUAAAAGCACAAAGGUUAUUAACUCAUGUAAAAAAAACACCAGAAACAAUGGUCUUCAUUAUGCUAGGAAGUGCUUAGGCAUUACUUGGCUGUGGUGCUAGUUUCCCAAAUACGACUACUGGAACACAGUGUGUAUGGCAGGAGUCUUUUUGAUGAGAGGGUGGGUCAGGAUGUGGAGCAGUCAUGUUGGUCACACCCUUUUAAGUGUAAAUGGGAUAUUAAAUUCCUGAACUGGGAACCCGGUAAUAGUAUUUUUUGGCUUUAUUUUGCAUCUGGUAAUGUUUUGAUACUUGAUUUAAAGAGUUGCUUAGCUUUAAACAUAUUUAAUGUGUUACUUUUUUAUUUCUGUAUUUUAAAUGGGAUUUUUGUUAUAGUUCACAAAAACACCAGUCGCAUUGUUAGAUUCAGCUUUGUAGACUCGUGUAAUAACUGAGACCAGACAAAAAAAGUUUUGUAGUUCCCAAAUCCUUUGGCUUUCUUGUGAUACAGCUGAGUGAUCCUCAAACAUAUUUGAUUGAUUAAAAAAAAAAAAAGUGGUGUUCACAAUUAAAAAGAAGUGCAGACCUGAAUUAUUGAAGCAGCAAUAUGAUGGUUUUAAAACAUUAAAGCUCAUCUUCGACGUAACAAAGCUGUAUUAGAAUUUUAAAACUAGAUAGUCCAUGGUGUAGAGGAUAAUUGAAAGGAGUAACCAAUAGGCUAAUCAGUUUAUUUGUGUACAACUCCUUUGUUCAACAUCCUGUUCAUUGUGUGCUGUUACCUUUUCUCAGGAGUCUAAUCAGCCAUGUCAGGAGGAUACCAAGAACAUCAUUUAUAUGACAGUGCCUUUUAAUUGUAAUCCCAAAGGUCCCUUGUAGCUUGUUUGCUUCCUUGGUACAGUUUGAUAUAUGGAACCUUAAAUUCUCUCUUCCUAGUUUCUUGUAGAAAGGUUCAACAGUGGUGCUUGGCCUUGUUGCCUUGCCUUAAAUAGUUAUUUCUGAGACCUGUAUUUGCUCUGCACCUAAUGAUAUGGCCUUCACAUCUCUUGCCACCUAGGAGGGUAUUGCCAGAAUGGUAGUACUUUUCAGUGACUAUGCAGUGCUGUUACAAAACAUAGUGUUUACAGAUUUUUUAAGACAUUAUUUGAAUUUUGUGUGGCGUAGUUACACUACAGUUUUGUAGUAUAUUCACUGCAGAUGUAUUUUACUGGGGUUGGCCAUUAACUUGUGAACUGGAUAACAAGCAGGAGAAAUUGAAAACCGAGUAUGACAGACUUCAAGUAGCAGUAGCAUAAGAGAUAUUGGAGUAGUGCUGCACCUCUUUUUCCUGUUUUCCAAACUUUAGAAUGAUAGAAAUAGUAUUGAGAACAGAGGUUAUAUUCUAGUGUUCCCACCAAAUCACACCCUUCACUUCUCUCCCUUCUUACCUGGCUUUUCAAGUGCCAGGGCCACUAAUCGAACACUGGUCACCUGGGUUGCAGCCAGGGCUGUAGUGCUUUUCAUCACAGAGUCUAGAAGUCUUUGUUGAGUGAGCAGUAGUCCAGCCUAACCCGUUCACAACAGAGGAAAUUCCAGAGAACAGUCCCAUGUAUGAUAAGCUACAGUCUCUCUCUUCAGGACAGGUGCAGCUAAUGAAGUGUUUUCUGCCUUUUAAAAUCAACAUCACUUCAGUACAGGGAGCUUUCUCAGAAUUUUGGUUUACAUGUCCUGUUUCCUAAUCUCAAGUGAUGAUCUGCACAGGAGGAAAAUGCACUUGCAUCUAAACAGCGUGUGAAGCCAACACGUAACAAAUGGACUACUAUUUCCCACUGUUAUCAAGAACUGCUAGUGGUGAAGUUUUAAUUUUUGUCACUGGAGUCUACCCUGAAACUGACAGCAGAUGCAUCAGAUUACACUCAGAGACUACUUUAAAGGCUUUGGGACUAGGAAGCAGAGGAAAAAGUGUUUCAGCCCGAAAGAAACCAGUCUGUCUCCAGUGCACCAUGUUUACAUUCCAGUCAGAGUUAGACAACAUGACACUGAUGUGGUAUGUCAACAAAUGGGGAGGGCCACUCACUCCUUCCUGUGUAGAGUAACUAUGAUGAUUAUGAGAGUUACUUAAUCCAGGCAACCUAAUAUAUUAGAAGACUAACUGGAUGUUGAACAGAAAUACCUUUCUGGGCAGGCAGGUAUAGUUGCCCAAAAACAGAACCGUUUCAUGCCAUGUAAACUAUCGGGUCCCCAGUUACUACACCGAAAGUUUGGCAGCUAAUGAAUUCUCAGUCAGGUGGAACCAAGGCCCUUCUUUAUUGCAUUCCCUUCCAUAGUCUUCCUCUUUUACAGUACUACUAAAUUAAGAGGAGAAAAGAUGGAAGAAAUCCUUAUAGCACUCAGCUGGCCAAGACAGCUGUGUUUAACUCAGUCAUCUCAAAUUACAUGACUAGCCAGUGGUUCAUUCUGUACAGUACAGAAUUCUAUCUUUUGCAGGAAGGGAAAAUGCAUUUUCCCAACAAAAGAUGCCUCAAGUUUACAGCCUGUGGGAUUUCAGGCUGAUAUCUCAUAGCCACCUGUUUUCACCUGAUGAGUUGUCUUUGACUCUGAGGUCAAGGAGAUCUAGUACUAGAAAGCUUUGAAUGUCAAAUGGACAAAAUUUUCACUAUGAUGGGAGAAGAAUAGGGUCAAACCUAUAUCCUGCCAUAUUUCUUAAGUCCUCCAAAACUACUUAGACUUGUUUAACCAAGGCCUGGCAUAUGUUUUUGUAAGGUGCACCUUUUAACCAUAUUUGCCUGUAUCUCUGUGGCAUCUCCUGUUAUUUCCAGCACAGCUGUUAAUGCAGUACGUGAUGGGUAUCCUUUUUGGCUAUCCAGAUGCUCGGUAUCCCUCAUCUUCAGCCUGAAUUUUACUAUAGAAAAGUUGAUCCAGGCCCUCUUUGAACCUGCCAGCAGAGCUAAACUCAUAUACUUAUCUUACAGCAUUUACCUCAGUCAGAGGGCUAUUCAAGCUGCAAGCUCUAGAAGCAUUGCACUGCCUUAUGGGACAGCUUACUAUUAAAGAUCAACACUACAUUCAUGUCCGUCAGAAUUUUCAGUUACCAGUUUUUUUUGCCCAAACCUAGGAAAUACAGGUCUAUUAGAUCAAGGAGGAAAGGCAUCUAAGUCCUAUAGUGUGUUUUUGGGUACCUAUCCAGUUGUCUAAGCCAUGUAAGGGUGACUGGAAUCGCACUGCUUGACAUUGAAGGGAAGUCUGUUCCAGAGCAAGGGGAGGUACUGUGCAAGGAACCUCUGUUUUUCCAGUUAGUUGUAUUUACUCCCUGAAUGGGUUGCCCUUCCAAAUUCAUCUCUGCUUAGUCUUUACUUUCAGCUGGAAGUACUUUGUAAUUGUGCAGACAAAAAUCCAUAUCAUAAGUUUGCAUUAAUUGUAUCCAUUGACAUUCUUAAAAAAGGAAGCUGAUGUAGCAUCGGACUUGAUCCCUGUCUGAAUCUUGCAAUGUUUGUUACAGCAGAAAUCACUGAUACAAGCUAAUCAUUUCAAUAAAGUUCUCUGUAACUGGGAGUUCCUGUUCUUUUUUUGCACACCUUUCCCUGCUCUCCAUCAGUCGUCGGCCCCUCCCGGCCAGUCAGCUUGCUCAUUUGCCAUCACCUGGACUAGGAUUGAAUGGGCGGGGCCAUCAUUCAGACAGGCAUCCAGGAGUGGUUCUGAUUUCGUUUUUGAGUCCUAACCUCUGGUGUGUGGGCGGUCUGUGAAGGAUAUCCCCUCAAUUCCACAAGAUGCUGUCCAUUCACUCAACUGUACACUACCCCUUAAAUCAUGGAAGGUGGUUUCUGCUGGACUCCGCUAGGGAAAUCACACCUCGUAGUGAGCUUCCAAGAUACAUACACCCUCCCCACCCCUGGGCAUGAUGAAUGGGCAACGUCCUUUCACUUAUCCCCCUCUUCCCUGGCUUCUCCAUUGUCAGUCACAGUAAUUGAACCCCAGUCACUUGGGUUGCCGUCAGGGCACUUUAAUUUAUGGAACUAUUUAUUUGACCACAAAGACAUACUUAGGAACGCUUGUUCUGUUAUUUAUUUUUUUUCUGUAAGUGAGACAAAUUGAGAUCUCUUAAUAUUUUGCCUUGUUAAUAGAGACCUUUUAUUGUAGUUUUUUUCUUGUGGAGCACUAAAAAUUGCUUUGACCUGUUCAAAAUAAAACGCUAUAAUCUCAUUGGACAUAAAUGAUAAAGACCCUUGUGAAAAUAAAUAAAUGAGUAGUAGAGAUUUA